GAACACUUUUUUUCUGAGAAGUCCUGAAAGUAAUCUCCAGGACCAGGACUCUGCUUCCAGCCUCUGGAGUUGUGCCUAGUCGAAGUGCCCCCCUCCUUGGGCCCCACCCGCCAUGAGAGCUGUCAGUGUGUGGUAUUGCUGCCCAUGGGGACUACUGCUGCUACACUGUCUGUGCAGCUUCAGUGUGGGGUCUCCGUCUCCUUCUAUCAGCCCAGAGAAGAAGGUAGGAAGCCAGGGGCUGAGGUUCCGGCUGGCUGGCUUUCCUAGAAAGCCCUAUGAAGGUCGAGUGGAGAUACAGCGAGCUGGUGAAUGGGGCACCAUCUGUGAUGAUGACUUCACGCUGCAGGCUGCCCAUGUCCUCUGCCGGGAGCUGGGCUUCACAGAAGCCACAGGGUGGACCCAUAGUGCCAAAUAUGGCCCUGGAACAGGCCGAAUCUGGUUGGACAAUCUGAGCUGCAGGGGGACUGAAGGAAGUGUGACAGAAUGCGCCUCUCGGGGCUGGGGAAACAGUGACUGUACCCAUGAUGAGGAUGCCGGGGUCAUCUGCAAGGACCAGCGCCUUCCCGGUUUCUCAGACUCCAACGUCAUUGAGGUGGAGCAUCAGUUGCAAGUGGAGGAGGUGCGACUCCGACCUGCGGUGGAGUGGGGAAGGAGACCCCUGCCUGUGACUGAGGGCCUGGUUGAAGUCAGGCUUCCUGAAGGCUGGUCGCAAGUGUGUGACAAAGGCUGGAGUGCCCACAACAGCCACGUAGUCUGCGGUAUGCUGGGCUUCCCCGGAGAAAAGAGAGUCAACAUGGCCUUCUACAGGAUGCUGGCCCAGAAGAAGCAACACUCCUUUGGUCUGCACAGUGUGGCAUGUGUGGGCACAGAAGCCCACCUCUCCCUUUGCUCUCUAGAGUUCUAUCGUGCCAAUGACACCACCAGGUGCUCUGGGGGAAACCCUGCAGUGGUGAGCUGUGUGCUGGGCCCUCUUUAUGCCACCUUUACUGGUCAGAAGAAGCAGCAACACUCUAAGCCUCAAGGGGAGGCUCGUGUGCGUCUAAAGGGUGGUGCCCACCAGGGAGAAGGCAGAGUGGAAGUCCUGAAGGCUGGCACAUGGGGAACAGUCUGUGACCGAAAGUGGGACCUGCAGGCAGCCAGUGUGGUGUGUCGAGAACUGGGCUUUGGCACUGCCCGAGAGGCCCUGAGUGGUGCCCGCAUGGGGCAGGGCAUGGGUGCCAUCCACUUGAGUGAAGUUCGGUGCUCUGGCCAGGAGCCCUCCCUUUGGAGAUGCCCGUCCAAGAACAUCACAGCUGAGGACUGUUCCCACAGCCAGGAUGCGGGUGUCCGGUGCAACCUCCCCUACACUGGGGUGGAGACCAAGAUCCGACUCAGUGGGGGCCGCAGCCGGUAUGAAGGGCGAGUCGAGGUGCAAAUAGGGAUACCUGGGCAUCUACGCUGGGGCCUCAUCUGUGGGGAUGACUGGGGAACCCUGGAGGCCAUGGUGGCCUGUAGGCAACUUGGUCUUGGCUACGCCAACCACGGCCUGCAGGAGACCUGGUACUGGGACUCAGGGAAUGUAACUGAGGUGGUGAUGAGCGGAGUGCGUUGCACGGGGUCUGAGCUGUCCCUGAACCAGUGUGCCCAUCACAGCAGCCACAUCACCUGCAAGAAGACGGGAACCCGCUUCACUGCGGGGGUCAUCUGUUCUGAAACUGCUUCAGAUCUGCUGCUGCACUCGGCACUGGUACAGGAAACUGCUUAUAUUGAAGACCGGCCCUUGCACAUGUUGUACUGUGCUGCUGAAGAGAACUGCCUGGCUAGCUCUGCCCGCUCGGCCAACUGGCCUUAUGGCCACCGGCGUCUGCUCCGAUUCUCUUCCCAGAUCCACAACCUAGGAAGAGCUGACUUUAGGCCCAAGGCUGGGCGCCAUUCCUGGGUGUGGCAUGAGUGUCAUGGGCAUUACCACAGUAUGGACAUCUUCACUCAUUAUGAUAUCCUGACCCCCAAUGGCACCAAGGUGGCUGAGGGCCACAAAGCUAGUUUCUGUCUAGAAGACACUGAGUGUCAAGAGGAUGUCUCCAAGAGGUAUGAGUGCGCCAACUUUGGAGAGCAGGGCAUCACCGUGGGAUGUUGGGAUCUCUACAGGCAUGACAUUGACUGUCAGUGGAUCGACAUCACAGAUGUGAAGCCAGGAAACUACAUUCUUCAGGUCGUUAUCAACCCAAAUUUUGAGGUAGCAGAAAGUGACUUCACCAACAAUGCAAUGAAGUGUAACUGCAAAUACGACGGGCAUCGCAUCUGGGUGCACAACUGCCACAUCGGUGAUGCCUUCAGCGAAGAAGCCAACAGGAGGUUUGAGCGCUACCCUGGCCAGACUAGUAACCAGAUCGUCUAAAAUGCUACCACCCUCUCUGUAAACCACCACUGGCCCCCAAUGGCAGGGGUCUGAGGCUGCCAUUACCUCAGGAGCUUACCACAAGAACCCCUGAUGUCAGCAGGCGCCCUACACUCAACCACCUGUGCACUACAGGCAACAAACUGUCAAACAGAAGUUGGUGCCUCCUUUACGGGGUCAGCUGUCAUUACCUUUGGCCAACAAGCAUGGAGAAUCAGCCAACAGCCCCAGCAACAGACAGAACACACCACAAAGAACUGCCCCACACAGGAUGGCAGCAGCUCAUUCUCUUGAAUAGGGGAGGUCAAGAGGGUCAGCUCCCAUCGCUCUCCGUUCUCCUAAGGACCGCGUUACCUCUAGCCAUUUGGUGGGGGAGAAGAUCCAACCCCCACUUUUGACUGUAACAUGUUGCUAGGUAUAAUUUUAUUUUAUAUAAAAUGUGUUCUUCGGAGCCCAGGACUGAUGCAGCGGUUAGAGGGACUUGCCCUCCGCAGGUUCACUGACUCCUCCUCUACCCACAUGCACUCAGAACCUAGGCUAGGAAAGCAAGGAGGAGAUCAGGGCAAGAGCUUCACACUCUUGCCGGUCCAGUCAUUCAUUCUGUGACCUCGGGGGUCACAUAUAAGGUCAGUGUCUCUGAUCCGCGCCGGAUCCGCACUGCCAGCUGUGAUUGGGUUCGAACAGCUUCAUAAACAUCUUCAGCAUUUUGUGCCAAUUUCUCCCCAAUGGCCAAGAUCACAUCACCAGGCCGCAGACCAGCCCUGUGGAGGAUGGACGGGGCAAGGAGAGAAUAGACAGAGAAGUUCAAGGAUACAUCCACCCAUCCCAUCCCACCCAACCCCCCCCCCCAGAGCACGCUCCCCAUCACCUGUGUGCGGGGGAGCCCAGGAUAACUUUAUGAAUGAGGACACCAUGCUGAACAUCAGGGAAGCUUGGCUCACGGAGCUGUAGUUCAAUAAGGAUGCUGAAAGGGCACAGACACUAUUAGCUCCACACAGGCCCUCUCCCAUCUUAAUAGUUCACCUUCUGCCUUCUAGAGCUUAGGAAGUGGGAUAUACACAUAAAAGAUAGCUAAUUUCGAAAGAUACAUGGUGUUGAUCAACUUCACUUCUGUCAUCCUGAAGGGUUAGAACUUAAGCUGAGCCUAGAAGGGUGGGUCCUACCACCUUACGAAAUAAGGUAUUGAGACAUAGAAGUGGAAAAUGAAAGUAGUUCCGAAGAAACGGCAAGCUGUCUGGAAGGAUAACGAGAUGGGUGGGAAUGGGCGGGAAUGGGCCUCCAGUGCUAGGUCAAUGUUGGCUUUACAUCACAGCAAUAGCAGGAUGUACUCAAUCUACUGAAAGAUCCAGAUGCAGUGGGAUGAGAAAGUUAUGAGAGGGAACAGUGCUUGUGACAGAAGACAACAGCUUAUCUUAGGAAAAAACAGACAUGAGAGAAAACCCAAGAAAAGGAUAGGGUGUGUGUAUGGUGUGUGUGUAGGGGUGUGUGUGUGUAUGUAUGUAUAGGUGUAUAUAUAUAUACAUAUAUAUAGAUAUAUGUAUAUAUCACCACACUAACAUACAUAUAUAUGUAUAUGUAUAUAUCACCACACUAACAUACCUGGGAGUCAGGGUCAGCAUCAUCACUCCAAUGUAGCGGCGCUGGGACCCACUGGUUCCAAACCAGGAAUCUGUAAUAAAAGAGGACAAAUGAA